GAAAUGUCCAACCCUAAUUCUAGAAUGAUGAUACAUACUUGUAGUAUAAAACCGCCGCACUUCAGUCGAGUGUGGGGAGCCUCCCCUCCGAACAUUCCUCCCCACAGCUCAGCAUAUAAAGCCUCCAAAGAUCUACGAGUAUCAAGUAUCGAAGCUCGUGCGUAAACAUUCAAAUCGCCGGCAAAGACACGCGGCGUGUCAUGUCCAUGUCUCCGACACGUGAUUUUUCAUAAGGUUUGUCUUCUCCGUGCUUCAUGCGUUCAUUCAAUACUGAGUGCACUUAAUGAUUCAGUGUUUGGUAGAGAAAUUCUGAAAUGGUUCAACAUGUAUCCUGGGGGCCGUAGCUAAGCCUAUAUGCUACCAUGUCUAUGUGGUUGUUUAGGUAUAAAUUAUUGACAUUUAUCAUGUUUGAAUUCCAUGUUUACUUCCUAAUUGGACUUCACAUCCUUUUUUCUUUUUUAAAUAUUUGCAUCCCAGAGUACCCAGUGAAAUGUUAAUGCUGUUUUCCCUUGAGAAGUCUAAGAAAACAAUUCACUUUGGAGUUUGUAGUGCUAUGGAUGUAAGCUCAAUGGAAUGAAGGAUUUAAAAUAAAUGCCAUUUAGCUUUUUUUCCCCAUUUUUACUUUUCAAACUACACUCUCUGUUUUAUGCUCCCAUUCAGCUUUUGGAAUAUGUAUUUUAAUAUAAUAAUAUUAAGCCGACCCACUAAAUUAUAAAAGGAUACUAAAACAUGGUUAGGAAAAAUAAAGAAGCUUCUAUUUCAAUCAUUUGUGCCCUGUUUGGGACUUAUUUUUUCCCAAACACAAUCCCAAACAAACUAUAGUUUUGUCCAAAGGCUUAUUUGUAAUGGCAACAGGCAGCGCAAAAAAAGUUCCAGGAUUAGUUUUGUGUUUGAGUUUAUAAUCAUCUUUCACUUUCAGAAAACUCAAAUUUUACACUCCACUGUCAAACUCCAAACACUCUCUAACUUUCGAAAGCACUUUUUCACUCCAACUCUCAUAAGUGCUCUUCUAGUAAGGAGCGUCUUCAAACUGCAACCCCAGCCCCAAAUUAGGCCUUAUACUAUGUACGUAGUAGUUCUUAUGAAAGCUAAAACUGGAUUGGGGGGGUAUGAGGCAAAAUGUCUUUUUCCUGCAAUAAUUUUACAGGUAGUAUUUCAUAUGAAAUCUUUUCGGUAAGCACAAGCUGGGUGAAUUGUUCAUGGUUAGAGGAAAGGAAAGGAAAGUAACAUUGCUAAGUUUUCAACCACAUGCUAUUGGCGAGUCAAGUAGGAGUUCAUUCUUUUUGACUGAUGAUGUCCCAAUCUUGCUUGGGUAGUGCCAAUGUUGUAUGCACUGCAACAAAUGUAUGGGUUGUAUCACAUCUUCAAACACGAAAAGUUGAAAAACACACAUUCUGAGAUUGUUUUUUUGGCAAAUUUUAUGUGAGUGUGCAUAUAAAUCUCUUAAGAAGACAUCAACUACCCAAGUAAAUGGAUGUCCAAGCACCUUGCACUUUGAGAAACAAAUCGAGACAUCGGCCUCUGACCACAUUUAGGUUGGUCAGAGGUAUUUUGUGUCUGGUCGUGUUAGUUUUGACAGCAUUCACUCUGAUAGUGUUCUGUGGCUUCUGGUCUUCCAUGUGCUUGAGGUUUGUCAGCGUUCACUAUAGCAGAACCACAACUGCCUUCUUUUUUGGUUGUUGGAUAGCUCUAUGGCCAUUUUUAUUCGAAAAGAUAAACAAGACCAAAAUGGUUUUCUCGGGAGAUUGUGUUCCCGACAGGGAACGAGUGUUGCUUAUUGCAAACCAUAGAACAGAGGUUGAUUGGAUGUACCUGUGGGACCUGGCUUUACGGAAGGGAUGUGUGGGUUCAAUAAGGUAUAUACUUAAGAGCAGUUUGAUGAGAUUGCCUAUUUUUGGUUGGGUUUUUCAUAUCAUGGAGUUCAUACCAGUGGAGAGGAAAUGGGAUGCUGAUGAGUCAAAGCUGAGGCAGAUGCUCUCAUCCUGCGCAGACCCUAGAGAUCCUCUUUGGCUUGCUGUUUUUCCGGAAGGCACUGAUUUCACAGAACACAAGCUCGUACGUAGUCAAAAAUAUGCUUCUGAAAAUGGAUUACCAAUCUUGAAGAAUGUGCUGCUUCCAAAGACAAAAGGUUUUUGUGCAUGCUUAGAGGAGUUAAGAGGUUCUUUGGAUGCCGUGUAUGAUCUCACAAUUGGGUACAAGAAUAACUGCCCAUCCUUCAUGGACAAUGCCUAUGGUGUGGACCCAGCCGAAGUUCACAUCCACAUACGAAGGGUUGAUCUCACUACCAUCCCAAAUUCUGAAAACGAGGCCGUUUCAUGGUUAAUGGACACAUUCUGCCACAAGGAUAAGUUGCUUUCUGAUUUCUAUUCAAAAGGCCAUUUCCCACGAGAAGGGAUAGAAGGUGAACUGCCUACUUGGAAGUGUCUUAGCAACUUGGCCCUGGUUAUGUUGUUCACCAGUGUGUGUACAUUUCUUACCUAUGUAUCUGCUUGGUUCAAAAUAUAUGUUACCACUGUCUGUGUCUUUCUAACAACAGCAACAUAUUUCAACAUUCGUCCAUCGCCAAUUGUAUGUUUAUGAUGAAAGCUUUAAUGUUCGUACAUUCAUAAGGAGAAACACUGACUAUCGCUACUACCUCCACGGCUCCACUUUAUGGCAACUUCUUAUGUAAAGAAUGCAUCUCUAGUUGGAAUCCUUUCAUUGUACAUAUGUAGAGAAGCACAAGCGUUGAAAAUUGAAAUUAUGACCAUGUUGGAUGAGGGUAAAACAUGUUCGAAGAAAUUUGAGUUUGAUGAGAUGGCAUGUGCUGUUUAUACAGAGUAGUAAUGGAUACACCUGUCUUA